AGCAGUGUCAGUCAUAUCACUUCCUCCUUGGUUGUGGCAAGUUCAGAAAGGACAAGGGAGGGGGAGAAGGAGGUAUCCUCACGUAGUUGUCUCGGUCUUGCUUUUCUACAGAAAAUAGUUAACUCGGCUGAAACUGAAACAGCGCAAAAGAAAAGCCCCACCAGACUGUCUUUCUCCUUCGUUCUCUCAGUUUCCUGCUCAAGGAAGCUAUUUUGUACAGGUUGGCGUGUAGGACAACAAACUUUUGGUUGUUAUUUUUUCUCAUUCCUCAGUGUUUCCUGUGAAAAAUUUGGACUUUCUCAUCUGCAGAGCAACUUCUUCACCGGAGGAGGGGUGGAGGAGAGGUAGGAGGGGAGAAGUUUUUCUCAGUCUGUCGCUCACUCUUGCCUUGCCGGGACAAUGAAAGAACAAGUGUGAGUGCAGGUCACAAAAAUCAAGAGGGAGAGAAAAAGGAAGGAGCAGUGCUUCCUGGAUAGGGAUCUCCUCUUGACUCCUCUAGGAGAGGGGGUGGACACAGGACAGAGACUCUGUAGCAGUGUGUUUGUGUGUGGAUCAGCGUGUCCACAUCCUCACGGUCCUGCUCUCUGAGGGAGGUAGAGCGUGAGUGUGUGUGUGUGUGUGUGUGUGUAGUGAGGGAUGGCCAAUGCCAGCCCCUGCAUGUCGUCGGGACCCCUGUCCCAGGUCUUCUUCCACUCAGGAGGCCCCUCUCCCCCAGGCUCUGUGGUGAUGCAGCAGGGGACCCCCAUGGCUGUGCCUCCCACCUCUACUCAGGGUGGCUUCCCCCCUGUGGACCUGGGGGCCGGGCAGGGCCCUGGGGGGGUUGCCAUGUCCCACGUGCCCCCCAUCCCGGCAGGGGUCUCCUUCAUCCUCCAGAUUGGGCUGACCAGAGAGUCAGUGCUGCUGCCACCGACCGCUGACCUAGCCUACGUCAAACAGAUCGCCUGCUCCAUCGUAGACAUCAAGUUCCCAGAGUGUGGCUUCUAUGGCAUCUAUGACAAGAUCCUGCUAUUUAAGCAUGACACAGGCACCAACAACAUCCUGCAGCUGGUCAAGGCUCCCCAGGACAUCCAGGAGGGAGACCUGGUGGAGGUGGUGCUCUCUGCCGCGGCCACCUUCGAGGACUUCCAGAUUCGGCCUCAUGCCCUGAACGUCCACUCGUACCGUGCCCCGGCCUUCUGCGACCACUGUGGAGAGAUGCUGUUUGGACUGGUCAGGCAGGGCCUCAAAUGUGAUGGCUGUGGAUUGAACUACCACAAGCGCUGUGCCUUCAGCAUCCCCAACAACUGCAGCGGUGCUCGCAAGCGGCGCCUGUCCACCACGUCUCUGAACAGUAGCCAGUCGCUGCGUCUGUCCACCAGCGAGUCCCUGAGCAGCGUGGGCUCCAGCUCAGUCAGCUCCUGCAUGGAGGAUACCAGCCUGAUCCGCUCUCACACCACCCAGACCCUCCCGAACUCCACCUGUACCGCGUCAGCGUCCCUGGGCCUGUCCACCAGCCCCUCCACCACUAGACCCAUGGCCCGCGCCAACACUCCGAUGCCGCGGACCCCCAGCGAGGCGCGGCGGUUCUACACGGGCCGGCCAGUGCACCUGGACAAGAUACUGAUGAGCAAAGUGAAGGUGCCGCACACGUUCGCCGUGCACUCCUACACGCGCCCCACCGUGUGCCAGUACUGCAAGAGGCUGCUCCGGGGCCUCUUCCGACAAGGGCUGCAAUGCAAAGACUGCAAGUUCAACUGCCACAAGCGCUGUGCGUACAAGGUUCCCAACGACUGUCUGGGGGAGACCAUAGGAGACAUGUUGAGUCCCAGUGUGGACCACGAGGUGCCUAUGGACUACAGCAGUGAGUAUGCCGACUCAGACAAGUCUUCUCUGACGGACGAUUCAGACGAGGCCUGCAGCAUCCCUGGCUCUUUCUCCCCCGAGUGUAGCCAGGAUGGGGUCGGCGGGGACCAGAGCGCUAACAUCCCGUUGAUGAGGGUGGUUCAGUCCAUGAGGCAGACCACCCGUCGCUCCAGCACAUCCAUCAAAGAGGGCUGGAUGGUGCACUACAGCAACAAGGACACACUGAGAAAGCGGCACUACUGGCGCCUGGACUGCAAGUGCAUCAUCUUGUUCCAGAACAACACCACCAACAAGUACUAUAAGGAGAUUCCUCUGUCUGAGAUUCUGGAGGUGCGCCCCUCAGGGGACUUCACCCUGGUUCCUCCGGGCACCAGUCCCCACUGCUUCGAGCUCGUCAUGGGAGCCAUGCGCUACUUUGUGGGGGAGGACCCCAACGUCCACGUCCCCGCCCUGCCCCCCACCGCCGCCCAGGCCUUCCCCCCCACACCCCCCUCACCCAGCAACGUGGUUCCCAAUAGCGGCGUGGGACGGGAGGUUGCCAAGGCGUGGGAGGGCGCCAUUCGCCAGGCCCUCAUGCCAGUCAUCUUCCAGGAUGCACCACCGAUAGAGGGACACACUCCUCACAGACAGGCUUCAGUCAGCAUCUCAGUGUCCAACAGUGUGAUCCAGGAGAACGUGGACAUUGGCAUGGUGUACCAGAUAUUUGCAGAUGAAAUCCUUGGUUCUGGCCAGUUUGGAGUGGUGUAUGGGGGGAAGCACAGGAAGUCGGGGCGUGAUGUGGCGGUGAAGGUGAUUGACAAGCUGCGCUUCCCCACCAAGCAGGAGAGCCAGCUGAGGAACGAGGUUGCCAUACUGCAGAGUCUACGUCACCUGGGCAUAGUGAACCUGGAGUGUAUGUUUGAGACUCCAGAGAAGGUGUUUGUGGUGAUGGAGAAGCUCCAUGGAGACAUGUUGGAGAUGAUCCUGUCCAGUGAGAAAGGACGGCUCCCAGAGAGGCUCACCAAGUUCCUCAUCACACAGAUUCUGGCAGCCCUGAGGCACCUGCACUUUAAGAACAUCGUCCACUGUGAUCUGAAACCUGAGAAUGUCCUGCUGGCCUCUGCUGAGCCCUUCCCCCAGGUGAAGCUGUGUGACUUUGGCUUUGCCCGUAUCAUUGGUGAGAAGUCGUUCAGGCGUUCGGUGGUGGGCACCCCGGCCUACCUGGCCCCAGAGGUGCUCCUCAACCAGGGCUACAACCGCUCCCUGGACAUGUGGUCUGUAGGAGUCAUCAUGUACGUCAGCCUCAGUGGCACCUUCCCCUUCAACGAGGACGAGGACAUCAACGACCAGAUCCACAACGCUGCCUUCAUGUACCCACCCAACCCCUGGAAACAGAUCUCACCUGAUGCCACUGACCUGAUCAACAACCUGCUCCAGGUGAAGAUGAGGAAACGCUACAGCGUGGACAAGUCUCUCAGUCACUCAUAUCUACAGGACUACCAGACGUGGUUGGAUCUGAGGGAGCUGGAGACCAAGCUGGGCGAGCGCUACAUCACCCACGAGAGCGACGACUGUCGCUGGCAGAUGUUUGCCCGCGAACACACGCUCCCCUACCCGGCCCACCUGGUGCCCCCUCUGCCUGCGCUCGGCUCCGACGAUGAGGACGCAGACAUGCAAGGGCUCACCGAGAGGGUCAGCAUACUCUGAGAACCUGGAGAGCCAGGACCCACGCGGACCCAAGGGACUCGGACUGACCCAGGGAAGAGGAGGGGAGCAAGUAGAGAGAGAGAGAGCGAGAGGGGCUGGCUGGAUGGAUGGAGGUCUGGAGAGUGGGGAGGGGGAGGCUGGGAGGUUUAGCUGUUAGAAAAGCGCCUUCUAUUGAGAUGAUCCCGCCCCUGUCCGUCUACUAAUGGUGUCCCACUCCGGCCCUAGCCUGUCCAGUCUCCAGACCCCAUCCUUGACCCCUCUCUCAUCGGUCUAGCUUUAGCUCUUCCACCCUUGAACUCUUUGAGUGUAAGAGAUUUGCUCUUCUGUAUCCCACAAGGCCAUGCUGUACUGUACCCAGUGGUCAGGGGAUGUGUAGAAUAUUGUUGCUUGCAGUGUGCUCAUUCAGUCUAAGCUGCAGUAUGGCAGAGGUCAGUUUGGGUGAAACACUCAAAAUGCAAUCUAAGCUCCUGGCAGAGGCACAACUUGCAUCUUUCUAUCUCCGAAGCACAGGGAUCCCCUGCUUAUUGUGAUGAGAGACGGGGAUAGAGACAGACAAACAAACUUGAAGGACUCGGAUCAAUCCACUUACGCGGGACUUACAUCCACCCAUAAACAAAUCCUUAUGAACUGUUUUAUUGUCAUUGAAUGCGAUGACUGGAAGCGCCCUGCCUGUACUGUCAGACCGGUUUGCUGCAGACCUCGAAGAGUUUAAUGGGGACAAAGGAGUCAUUUAGUGCCUGUAAGUGGUAGAUAAAGGGCUUCUAACUGUAGGCAGCAGACCAGCGCUCGUGGGCUGUCAUGGUCUCCGAGGAAAUCUGCCGUUUCAAACGACGACAGAAGAAAACAAAGCCGGAAGUGGAUCGAGGAUUGCACCUUUUUUUAAAACUGUCCACGGAUACUUUCCUAGUUGGCCCAGCGUCAUUAUCGAUGACGACUUUAUUAGUGAAGACUCGCUUAUCAUCGGUAGUGCAAAUUCACGAGUCCUGGUGAUUCGAGGGUGCCCUAGACCCGUAGACAUGCACGGUUACAAUGAAGGCAAUGCGGACCUUUUCUAAAUAGUUUGUUGGGGACACCAUUAAACACCAGUGGGGGGGGGGGGAAUGCUAUUGCUCUUCUAGUUACUGUAGAAAGACGACCGACUGCCCAUCUCUGGCGUCAACGUUAAAGUGUGGGAGGAGGGCUCCGAUAUCGAUGGCUGACUAUGAACCUAGCAUGUCAACUCGUUGGAUGUCCACGUGAGGUCCAUUUUUGUCUAGAGGAAAAGCAUUGUCAUGAAGGAAUAUUGUGUACAUGUGUAACCAUAUCUAUAUGUAGUGUAGUCAACGUAUGCCCGGUGGAGAAUGUAAACCCAUGGAAGGUCCCAGCAUUUAUAUGUGACACCGAUACAAACCUUGACGUACAAUUGUUCAUCUGUGUCAUUUUAUCCGGCGUGUAGCCUCUUGAACAUUGAGACGGAAGAUUAGGGGGGGGGGGGGGGGGGGGGGGGGGGGGGGGGGGGGGGGUGUGGAAAGCUGGGGCGAAGCAUAGGAGGAAAUAAUGACGGUGAUUUAUGCAUACCGCUCUUCAGACGUUACCUGCUCAGAAUUUCCAUCACACUGGAGCAUAUACACUAUGUGGAUUGAAUGACAAAUUGAGUGCGAUAAAUAUGUAGCGAGCGUCCAAUAAAGAAUCAGCGUGUAUGGAUGAUGUUUUCCUCGCACGAUGCUUGCUCCCCUUUUUGAUUGACAGGCCAAAUGUCUGCCUAUUUAAUACAUCAUGGGUGGCCUGCUGCCAAGGCCUUUUCACAGCCUGUCAAUCAGCUCUCCUAGGUAACGAGUGUAAAUGACAUGCUACACAUGGACAGAUGGGAGAGAACUGGGGCUUCAGAUGGACAUGGGGGGGGAGCAAAACUCAUUCCACGGAGGGCCGAGUGUCUGCGGAUUUUUGUUAUUUUCUUUCAAUUUGUGUCCAAUUAAGACCUAAACAACCAGAUAAGGCGAGUUCCCAGCUAAUCAGGGACCUUAGUUGUUCCAUAGUGGACAACGGCGGAGAGAAAACCGCGGAGACUCAUCCCUCCAUGAAAUGAGUUUGACACCUGUGCCACUUGUCAGGACACAAAGCCAGCGUUUUGCAUUAUUCUACACAAGCAUAUUAUGAGAGCCUUGUGGCCAGCUCUGAAAGAAAGGACCACUUGUUAAUUACAAUUUUUCAUAUGUAAUUUAGCAGGCACUUUUAUCCAAAGUGACUUAGUCGUGCAUGCAUACAUUCUCGUAUAGGUGGCCCCAGGGGGAAUUGAACCCACAGCUCUUGAAAUUGCAAUGCUCUACCAACUGAGCCACAGGACCAUGCUGAAUGGUGAGAGCUCUUCACUAGACUGCUGGGUCUGCCAGAGGGACAAUUGUUACUCUUACUGUCUUGGAAAGGUCAAGAGGGGAGCAUGGUUGGAGGAUAAGUGGCCGUCUCACCCAGCAGGUAAAAAAAUACAUCAUACUCUGAAACUAUUGGUGGCAGCAACAAACCCAUCAAACCUGGGUUCAAAUACAUGUGUAUUUGUUAUUUAAAUACUUAUUUUCUGUGUAUUUUGAGUAUUUUCAAAUAAUGUGGCCCAAAUAAACUACUUCUAUUGGAAGUAUUUGAAGUAUAUUUUGAAAAUGUUCUAUAAAUAACCUACUAUUUCAAAGUACUUAUUUCAAAUGCUAUCUUUAGAAACCAGGGUUAAAUGCAUGGGAUAUAUUUGAGUGAGUGUAUAGGUAUUUUCAAAUACUUUUCAAGGGUUUUUCCAGAUACAUUCCAAUAUUCAACUAGCUGUCUUUUCAAUAAUAAAACAAUAUUUAAAUAUAU